AUGAUGCUGUCCGCUGUCGCACCCACAACAUACUCUUUCGAGCCACUGGAGCCGCUCACAGCUCCGGAAGCUGACUCAUCGACUAGCCACUUUCGAGCUUUCACUCGUCUCCCACGACCCUUCGACUCUGUUCCUGAUUCAGAAGGUGAAGAGCAGUCCUCCGAAGAUGAGGGCCAAGGUCGAGGGGACCGCGAUCCUCGCUCCCGAAAUGCCUCGGCUUCGUCAUCCAAACAUACUCUCGAGGCGGAAGAGUUUCGAAUCGGAGAUGUUGUCUAUCUUCCCUCUUCUUAUCAAGCCCCUCUAGCCGGUGUACUCACCCAUCUCUGGACAGACGCUUUGGAGCAAGGCAAGAUCUUUGGUGUCUGUCGACUACUUCACUGGCCAGAAUGGAUGUCGACGAUGGCCAAAAAGCGUAUGUCCGGCAUCACCAGUCGUCACGAGAUCUACUACACUCACAAGGCUACUUCCCUCUCCAAGCGUCGCACAAGGACAAGUGCGAGAUCAGGCAAGGAGGGAGACACUUUCCAAGCCGGCCCUUCGCUUCAUGACUACUCAUUCGAUGUCGACGAGAUCAUUGCCAAGAUUCAUAUCCACUCCAGUCAGGCAGAAUGCGCAAAGGCGAUCAAGCAGUCUUCGGCGGCGCUUUCGACUAUUGCAACAAACAACGCAGACAACUCGAUUGAGCUUGCGGCGGCGAAGAAGAAGACGGCAAAGACGCACACAUUAUACAAGAACAAGUCAUUCCCAACCCACUUGUUCUGCGAGCGGGCGGUGGACCCCAACAGAGAGCUGUUCUGGAGGAUCGAUUGGGCCAAGCUUGUCGACAAGGGAAAGCAAGGUGCAGGCUGGGACUUGAAGGAUGACUCGUCCGACGUGGCCACUUCGCAAGGCCAGGGUGUCAAGGAUCUAGUCGAGCAAGUACAACGAGACGUCAAGUUUGGCACUGCUACACCUCUUCCAUCGGCGGCGGCAGGAUUACGAGCAUCAACACCGUCCACUUCAGCAUCUGCUUCUGAUGUCGCUCCCAGGUCGUCUCGUGCUCGAUCGGCUGCUUCCCCAUCAGUCGAUCUCGACCAGCCUAAGCGACGACCCGGAAGACCACGCAAAGAAGAUUCGCUCUCAGCCGGAAUCGAAGCGCCCAAGCGCAAGUACAAUCGCAAGAGAGCCAACGGCUUCGACUCUGACUCGGACCUUGCCUCUGACGAUUCCUUCCAGAGUGGCGACGAGUUUGAAGUGGAAGACAACCUGCUUGUCAAAGCUAGGCACCUCGACACACCUGAGUCAUCCGACAACGAAGGCUCCCAGUUCAGCGCACCUCCUUCUGACGAUGAGGAGGACAAUGAAGACGAUGAUGACUGUGGUAAGACGUUCAACCUUACCCCUCGCAAGCGAGCCAAGCUGCCGAAAGAUGUACCGAUGACACCAACGAAACGGCGAGUUCUUACGACCCCGCAGAAGGCGCUGUACGGCCUAGCAAGUCCAGCAAAAGCGCAAGCAACGCCUCGAAGCAAAGCCCGCCUGAUGGGACUCAAAGCACGCUCUCUACCGCAUCCAACGCUUCCUGCACGACCGCCAAAGCUCUCGCUCUUACCGAACGAAGAAGCCCAAACGCUCAGCCCGCACGAGCGGGCCAAACGCCUGCUUCACGUGGGUGCCACGCCUGAUCACCUUCCAUGCCGUGAAGAGCAGUACGAAGAGAUCAUGGCUUGUGUUGAAGAUGCUGUCGAGGAAGGAAUUGGAGGCUGCGUCUACGUCUCUGGUGUUCCAGGCACAGGCAAGACUGCCACCGUUCGCGAGGUCAUCCGCGAAUUGACAGCUAGAGCGGAGCGAAACGAGAUGAACCCAUUCUCAUUCGUCGAAAUCAACGGCAUGAAGCUUGCCGAUGCUUCUCAAGCGUACACCUUGCUCUGGUCCGCAAUUUCUGGUGGACAGCGUACUUCUCCCAAAACGGCACUGGGUCUGUUAUCGUCACACUUUGCACGUGUUGGUGCAAAGAUGUCAGGUGCCGCCGGAGGAGCAGGUGUUGGAGCCGGUCCUGGUCGAGCAGCAACGGUCGUGCUAAUGGACGAAUUAGAUCAGCUCGUCACAGCACGACAAGAUGUUAUGUACAACAUGUUCAACUGGCCCAAUACUAGAGGUAGUAGAUUGGUUGUCAUUGCAGUUGCAAACACGAUGGAUUUGCCCGAGAGAACGUUGAAUGCUAAAGUGGCGAGUCGAUUGGGUAUGACUAGAAUCUCUUUCAUGCCCUAUACUGACAGACAGCUGGUCGAGAUCGUCAAAUCAAGGUUAGGCUUGUCCCAUCAGCAGGAGAACAAGGAUCAAGCUCCAAUCAGCUUCGCUUGUAAAGACGUGCUUAGCUUGGACGCCAUUACGUACGUCUCUAAGCGUGUUUCAAACGUCUCUGGUGAUGCCCGCCGCAUGCUUGACGUCUGCCGAAGAUCCAUCGAGCUUGUCGAAGCUAAAGCCAAGUCUUCUCCCGCUGUCAUGCCGAAAAUGGUGACGAUUUUGGACAUGAAGUCAGUACUGGAUUGCAUGGUCAAGUCAGGAAAAGUGAGUCACAUGCUCUCCCUCGCUCUGCACGCCAAAAUCCUACUCCUCAGUCUACUCUCUUGCCUCCGAAGAUCAGGACUAGCAGAAGCUGAAUUACAAGACGUCAGUAAUCAUCACAAGGCUAUCUGUCGAAUGUACGCCAUUCCCACUUCAACUCUAACUUUCUCUACCAACUCUAGCGUAGAAGAAUUCUCACUCAAUCAUCCCCUUGCAACUCUGUCAUCACUUGGACUUGUCAUCUGUGUAGGACAAGGAGCAGGAACAGGAAGAGUAGGUGGAUUUGCAAGACUCAUGCUCGCCUGUCAGGAGGACGAAGUCAGAUUGGCAUUCCAACACGAUCCCGAUGAACGACUAAGGAAGAUGCUUUAA